CACAACUCCGAUGCUCUCACUGUGGUCCGGUGGCGCCUCUGAUGAUAAACGGACGAGCGCGAGGGCACUGAUUGAACAACUGCACGUCAACGACAGAAAACAACUAAACCACACUCCUGUUACAAACGGUAGGAAAGAUGGAUAGCAGCGGUGAAUCGUUGAGUUCUCCCAUUUCCUCUUGUUGCAUGGAUAAUGCAACUAUGGAAAAUUCCAGCAUGGGCCAAAUCUUUGAAGUAGUGUUACAGUCGAAGAACACAACGAAGCGCAAUCCGCAGUUUGUCGGAGUGGAGCUUCUUCAGUCCUUUAAACCCCUCAUCAUUCCCUGCUAUGCUCUCGUGCUCCUGGUUGGAGUGUUCGGUAACUACCUGUUACUAUACGUCAUCUGCCAUACCAAAAAGAUGCACAACGUCACCAACUUCUUCAUCGGUAACCUGGCUUUUUCUGACAUGCUGAUGUGUGCCACCUGCGUGCCAUUUACGCUGGCGUAUGCUUUUAAUCCUCGAGGAUGGGUGUUUGGAAGAUUCAUGUGCUACCUGGUGUUCCUCAUUCAACCGGUGACGGUGUAUGUUUCCGUAUUCACACUAACAGCAAUCGGGGUGGACAGAUACUACGCUACAGUUCAUCCUCUUAAGAAGCGCAUCUCAGUUCUGGCCUGCACCUAUCUUCUGUCUGGGAUCUGGAUUCUGUCGUGUGGUCUGGUUGCUCCGGCCGUGGCCCACACCUACCACGUUGAGUUCAAAGAUGAAGGCUUCACCAUCUGCGAGGAGUUCUGGAUGGGUCAGGAGAAAGAGCGACUGGCAUACGCGUACAGCACGCUCUUUAUCACUUACGUUCUUCCCCUCUCCGCCCUCUGCAUUUCUUAUCUGUGCAUUUCUGUGAAACUUCGCAACUGCGUGGUGCCAGGUCAUCGUACCCAGAGCCAAGCCGAAGCCCAGCGGGCCCGUAAGCGAAAGACGUUUCGCCUGGUGUCGUUGGUGGUCGCCGCGUUCGCCAUCUGCUGGCUGCCGAUAAGCGUUUUCAACGUUCUUCGGGAUAUCGAUAUUGACCUGAUCGACAAGCGUUAUUUUUUGUUGAUUCAACUGUUAUGUCACUGGUGUGGAAUGAGUUCCUCUUGCUGUAAUCCUUUUUUGUACGCGUGGCUGCACGAUCGGUUCAGGGCGGAGCUGCGGAAGAUGUUUACCUGCCAUCGACGAAUUGGCAUUGGGAUACCGGCCAACAAUUGUGCCACUGCUAGCGUGGUUCUCUGACAGCAAAAAGUCAAGAUGAGUUAUUUCAAAGGCUAUGGUGAAUGCAGAGGCAACCAGAUCACUCGAUCUGUUACCUUUAGUCCUGCUCAUCCUUCACAUACAUAAUGUUGCAGAUGGUAACAAAGAAACGCUACAUCUACUGUAGCAUGUAUCCGCGCUAGUAAUAUACAGAAAAUGUGGUUGGAUUAUGCCUAAAGGUUGACCAUUAUGUCUCUGAUCUCUAUAUGGAUUAUGGAGGCAGUGCUGUUUUGAAUGGAAACUGACCAUAGAUGUUUGUUUUGGAUGUCAUUACACAGUUUCAGAAGAUAACUUUCUGUCAGACAUCUACGAGAUGGUUCGAAUGAAGUGUGAGAAAGAAGCAGACAAAAGUCUAUUUUGAGAUGUAUGACUGUAAUGUAUAUAAAAUGGACAAUUCCAUGCAAAUGUAAACCUUAUCAUGAAAUGUAAAAUUUUAAACCAUAUGUCAAUAUUUGGUGGUUCAAAUAUCCAUGCAAGCUCUCUUUUAAAGUUUUAAUUUUUAUUUUCAAAAUGGUAAAUUUUAAAUUAAGUUUAUUUAACUACAGACGCAUGGUCAUGUAAUCCAACCAAUCAGGUGUCUAUAAAUAGCCAUCGUUCACCUCUGUCCCGUAACAGUUUUUGGAGCAUCCUUCCUCCACCCCAUCACCUCACUCUCAGCUAGUACAUCUAUCCCAGGGGGGAGUACUCUGGGUUCGGGCUAAAAUUCAGAGCUCGGACAGCAUGCCAAAUAAGCUUUAUCUCAUUCCCUAUUGAUUACAUGUUAAUGCGAACUCGUGAGAUGCCAUCACUUUUCCAUUUCUUAUGGUGUAUUAUUGCUUCUGGUUUAUGCAUUUUAAUUCACAAAAGUAUGUUGUCUCUCAAAAACGUGUCCUUUUUUGUCACAUCCAUAGCGCAUGCAUGCAUCUCUCAUCUAAAACAGAAAACAUGAGUAUAGACGGAUAUUUUUCUGAUGUUUGAUCAUAAGGGGUUUAGGAAAAUAUAAUCAGAUUAAAUAUAUUGACAAUAUGUGCAUUCACUGAGAAUUUGUAUUUUAAGUUUUGACUGCAAAUGUCACAUCCAUAAUGCUAGAAUGUUGAAAUAAUAAACAAUGUGUUGACUGGAGGUUAUGUUUUAUAUUCUGGCGUUCAUAUACUAUAAUCUCUUAAUUUAACAGCACCACUACUACUGUGUGUCAGGUUGAAUUAUGGAAUAAGUUUGGGAUAAUUGCGCUUAACUGAUCGGUUUGGAGUGAUUUUUGAAAGAUGAAUUUAAAAUCGUCGUUAUUGAGCAUUUCUCAGAUCAGGGGCCUCAUUUAUAAAAUGCUGCAUA